AAAUACUGAAGCGCUGUACACAGACAGACCUACACCGAUGGAGGAGAGAGAGGAGGAGCGAGGCAUCAUGGGAGAAGAGCAAGUCGCUGAGGAAAAGAGUGAAGAACAACUGGAGAGCACGGACACCAAGAAUUCAAUCAAAGAAGAAGAAACAAAUGGCGUGGAGGUCCAUGCUGAGGUGGAGGAGAAGCGAAAGGAGAAAGGAAUGGAGGAAGGGGAGAUGAAGAAAGAGGUGGAGCUGGAAACUGAGGUGAAGACGGAGCUGUGCCAGCUGGUGCCGGGCCUGCAGAUGAGCUUCAUCCACAGCGGCGACUUGUUUGGCUAUGUGGGCAUUGAGGCAGUGCUGGACCAGAUGAGACGCAAGACCAUGAAGGCCGGCUUUGAGCUCAACGUCAUGGUUGUCGGUCAAAGUGGUUUGGGGAAGUCGACACUAGUCAACACUCUUUUCAAGUCUAAAGUUAGCAGGAAGUCCUGCACACCAAACUAUGAGGAGAACAUUUCCAAAACAGUCAAGCUGCAGUCAGUGAGCCACAUGAUUGAAGAGAAGGGGGUGAAGAUGAAGCUGACGGUGAUUGACACGCCAGGAUUUGGAGACCAAAUCAACAAUGACAACUGUUGGGAGCCCAUCGUGAAAUACAUCAACGAGCAGUAUGAGAAUUAUUUGAGGGAAGAGCUGCAUGUCAACCGCAAGAGGAGAAUACCAGACACCAGAGUCCACUGCUGCAUCUACUUCCUGGCCGCGACUGGACACAGGUUACGCCCCAUCGACGUGGAGUUCAUGAAGAGAUUGGGAACGAUAGUGAGCAUCGUGCCUGUCAUUGCCAAGGCUGACACACUCACCAUUGAGGAACGACAGGAGUUCAAAGAGAGGAUAAGGCAAGACUUGGCAGCCAACGGAAUUUGUGUUUAUCCCCAGAAAGAGUAUGACGAGGAUCCAGAGGAGCGCUUUCUCAACGACAGGCUGAGGGAAAACAUUCCCUUUGCUGUGGUGGGGACCGACAAGGAGCACCAGGUGAAUGGAAACAAGGUGUUGGGCCGUAAAACAAAGUGGGGAAUAAUUGAAGUUGAAAAUGUGGAACAUUGUGAGUUUGCCAGUCUGCGAGAUCUUCUUAUCAGGUCUCACUUGCAGGACCUGAAAGACGUGACACACAACAUCCACUACGAAACAUACCGCGUGCGACGGCUCAACGAGUGCAACAUCAACUUCAUCAAACAGGGACUUUUCCAGCGGCCACUCGAAAAUGGAACUGCCGACAAAUCAGAAUCAGACAGCCACCUCUGAUGCCGUGGUCGGCCCGAUGCUCCUGGAUUCAUGCGCUUCACCCACCCGGGAUGAGACAUGUCUCUCUCCCCUUGCCCAGCUAUUGCUUAUUUUUCAUGAAAGGUUUUUAAUGGGGCACGUGAGUAUUUUUUUGGGCACGUGACAAUGUUUGCGUUUUCUUGUUUAAUGGUUGCAUAAACGGGCGUCAUCGGCGUGGGCAGGUAGGCACAGUAUUAUCUAAACUCCUCAUCGUCUGCUACGUGAACGCGAAUGUGAAAUGCCAAAUCAGCGGGAAAUAUUGGCGGAUAGAUCCACGCCCUAACCCACUUUCCAACCCCUUCCAAGUUCAAACAUAUGUGAAUAGCCCGCCGAGGGCUACCACUGUACAGUCGACACAAUUAGCCUUUAAACGUAAUUGUUGCGUUAAACUCAAGUACUGGCGAUCUGUGAUUGACUUGGUAAGCAGAGUCUGCACAGAGUCAUCCUCUUUCUUUCACUUAUGUAAACAUUCACUUGGACAACAAUAAAUUGCAUACUGUUCAAA